UGGACUCAGCGACUUUACGCCGCCUUUGACAUGUUCGAGAUGGACGACAAGCAAGGCUGCAUCACAAUACUGCAAGCCAUUGUCAGUGAGCCAGGCGUUCCACGCUAUUGGCGGAUCCAAGCACUCGUCGCCCUUGCGACUGCGGUUGACGAUUGGUAUGACGCCGAAGAAUUCCAACAGGAGGCAGAAGUCCUGUACAGAUCGAUGCGCAUCCUCUUUCCAAGGGGAUGUGAUACUGACAUGGACACUCUCCUGGCGAGAAGCCGUGUCCUUCUCGACCAUCUCGCCCUCGAGCUUGACGAUGCUAUGCCGGACAGCAUAAGAGCUCUGCGUGAGCAGGAAGAGGGAGAGGAGGAGCACGAAAUGGAUGGUGAGGAGCUCGACACCGACGACGACGACGACGACGACGAUGAAGACGAUGACGACUCCGAG